AUGUCACCGUCACCACCACUGCUUUCCAUCACCACCACUUACACCACCGCCCACCGUCACCACCUUCCACCAACACAUCCACUGUCUUCCACCAUCGCCAUUGCCACUACUUCCACCUUCCACCACCAACACCACCACCUCUACCACCUUUUACUAUCGUUAUUGCCACUGCUACCACUUACACGUACCACUGUCACCUUUCAUCACCACCGCCUUCCACCUACCGCUAUCGUUACUACCACAAGUUACACCAUUGCCACCUUCGACCACCACCACCACUACCGGCUUCCACCACGACCACGGUCUUCCACCACCACCUCCACUGCCUUCCACCAUCGCUAUCGCCAAUGGCUUCCUCCUCCAUUACCACCGCCACCUUCCACCACCAGCACCUAUACCACUUCCAACACCAUUGUCCCCACCAUCCACCAUCGCUACCAUUUCUUUUAA